GCUGUCAAUCAAACUGCAUCUUUAUAACCAGUGGCAGAAGCGACAUCGCCAUGUCUCAGGUGGAACCCGGGGACAGACACGAGCUCCACUGUGAUUAUUGAUCGUCCACCAAUAUCUUCUCUGAUGGGAUUAUUCUAACCGGUUUUGAUAGCAAGUGGUAGUAUUGCUACUGAGUGGUAGUAUCGAUAUAUUAAAAACUCCGAUAAGCUCCUCAAUUCUUGAUAAUUGUCUACCCAGACACAUUUUUCUUCUUUUCCCGGCUGCUUUUAACUUUUUACUAUCUUUUCUUCUCAUAUCAGCUCAUUUUUGGAAAAAAAUGGAUAAACUGAUUUGGAACAAUGAGACUGUGGUGAACAGCUCCAUAGACAAAUGGUCAUUCAAUGAACGCGGCUCGUACCAGCAUCUGGACCCCGGGGAGCUGAGGGUCCUGGUGCCAGCUAUUCUGGGAGUCAUCUGUGUCUUGGGAGUGGCUUGUAACCUCACCGCGAUGGUUAUCUUGUUCUCUAACGCUCAUAGGGGCAAACUAUCCCUCAUCAACUCCCUCGUCUUCAACCUGAUGUUUGCUGACGUGCUAGUGCUGUUGUUCACGGUGCCUUUCAGGGCUGCGUCCUACUCCAAAGCUAGCUGGAAUCCGGGCUGGGUUGUCUGCAAGACGGCCGACUGGUUCCUCCAGUCUUGUAUGGCAGCGAAGAGCUUCACGGUAGCCGUCAUGGCCAAAGCGUGCUACCGCUACGUGUCAAACCCCACCAAGCAGGUGAGCAUCCACCUGGGCUCCAUGCUGGUGGUGUUCCUCUUCAUCUGGCUUUCCGCCUGCUCUGUCAGCAUCCCUCACUGGCUGUUUGCCACACUGCAGAGAGAAAUCCGCGGGCUGGUGUGUGUGCUGACCGUUCCUCCUCAAGCCCGGGACUUCAUGGCAGUGUACGUCAAAGCAUACCCAUUGGGGGUCUACUGUGCACCUCUGUGCUUCGCCCUGAUGUAUUUCUGUAGGGCUUAUAGCCAAUGCCAGCGCCGCUCCAGUAAAACUCAGAACCUGCGCACCCAGAUCAGAUCCAAGAAGCUCACCUUGAUGCUGUUUAGCCUGACUGUGGCCAUGGCUAUUCUCUGGCUUCCACAGUGGGUGGUGUGGGUUUGGGAGCGUCACGUAGCGGCAAAGGAAAUCGAAGGAGCUAAGCCCCUCAUCUCCUCUCUUCCCCCUCUUCUAACCCUCUCUGCCCAGCUGCUCACCUUCUCUCUGUCCCUUGUGAACCCUCUCAUCGUCCUAUUCCUCUCCGAGGAGUUCAGAGAGGGCUACAGGGGACUGUGGAGGCGCCUCACCCUGCGCAAGCAACCUCCUCCAAAGCCAAAGCCCGGACCUCACAACCCUACACCUCUCCAGUCGCCUUGCCCAAGACCAGAGACUUCGGGCCAGCUGGGGGGAGGGAGGAGCCUCCGACCAAGCUUCAACCAGGGUCCCAGCAGUGAGGCUCAGCCCCAGCCUGAGCAAGGAGGAAAAAAAGAAGAAGACAGGCUGAGCCUCAAAGAUGGGAUUGUCUUGCUUGAUGUGGAGCAGUUCUGGCACGGGAGGGAGAAUGGAUCCAACGCAGACGAAAACGAUCCGGUGCCGUGGGAGCACCAGAGCAAAGACGGAGAAAAAUAACAACCACCUUCCAGCUGUUCUUCAAUAAAGUCCUCAGACAGCAGCAGCUUCAUCAACACACCUCAGUUCAAGGACUGCAGAGAGCUCCGCCGUUAAGCAUUUGUGUUCUGUCAACUGUGGUUAGGAUAUUAUUCAAAGGUAAGACAUGCAAUCAGUGUGCAGUACAAGACUGGACUAUAAAUAGAGCAUCAUCAUCUGUAAAUAUGAUAAAUAUUACAUACUAUUGUCAAUUUGUUGUGUUUUUGUUAUUUAAUGAGGAAGAACACAUUAAAUAAACUUUUGAUGGCUAUAAAUAAAAGCUUUUGGCAAUGUUCAAUUCAAUAGUACACAGUAUAAGUACAUAUAUUUUCACCAUGUACAUUGUAAGUUGUUGUAAGUAUUACACAAUACUGCCCUUUGAUUAAAGUUUUUAAUGAGUUUUUAAUAAUAAGAAUUCCUCUGGGAAAAAUCUUAAUUUGGCAUCUUAAUUGGGAGGUAAAUGUUAAGAACGCACUUGUGUGCAGUGAUUGUUUGUGUAUACCCUUUGGAUAUUAUUGAUCUUGAUGUAGUCAGUUACUUACAGUAUGUAACAGUAAGAGUCUGUUUCCUGUCCUCUUUUUGUGAAAGAUUAUCGUGUAUCAGAUUGACCAGUGUUUCCAAUAAAGGCAUUGUUGCCAGUGUGUGAU